AUGAUAAUUGUCAACCAACAACACAAAUCGUUCCCCCUUGCUCUGAUCCUCUGCACUUAUCUCCGUCGUUCCCCUCUUGCCAUGGCAAGCGGGGACUGGCACCCAGCCCCCUCUCCCUCACCCACGCAGCCUAAAUCCUGGGCCCAAAUUGCUUCAUCCCUUCGCCAAUCCUCGGACAACUCUCUCUUGCACAAUACCCACAUCCUCAAUAAGCUCAAAGAAACAACUACUAAUUUCAUUAGACUCGAUAGUGUCACCAUGAGCAGAGCUAGAAUGAAGUUUCAGCAUGCACUCUAUGGGAAGCUUUUCGGCAAACCUCCUCACUUCGAUCAAGUUAAGACUAACCUGCUCGCCAAAUGGAGUAUUUUUGGAGAGGUCACCAUCUCCAACCUCCCCAAUGGGUUUCUCCUAAUUAAAUGUUCCUCACAGAAAACAAUGCAGCACCUUCUCUUAGAUGGACCUUGUUCUGUCAAUGGCCUCAUUCUCCAGCUCUCACCAUGGAAACCCUUCUUUGAGCCCACUUUCGCCAAGCUCAGCAUAGCAGCUAUCUGGUUGCAACUCCAUAACCUUCCCGUUGAGUUCUGGGAAGGUGAGACCUUGGAAACCAUUGUUGGUCAGUUUGGAACCCUUCUCAAGGUUGAUGAUUUUAAAUCUUCUCUCAGUCGGUCCAAAUACGCUCGCAUUUGUGUUGAGAUUGAUUUGUCCAAGCCACUCAGCCGCGGCUUCUGGAUCGGCGACAACCUCCAUCAGGUUUUUGUGGUUGUCUUGUAUGAACAAUUAUCGACUUUUUGUUACACUUGUGGGAUGAUUAGCCAUGGAAGCAAUUUCUACUCACGAUCUGUGACGCCCGGUACCGCUAGAACCACCUCAUCCCGCCUGGUGUGGCAGGUCGAGACUGGCUCUAGCCUGGUAUCAGCGUCCAAGAUCAGAGCAUGGAUGAUUCUGAGCCUCUCCCUGAUCGUCCCUCGUCGGAAAAUUUGGAAAAAGUGGUUCAUUCUUCUCCUGACUCUGACUACGGCCCCUGUCUUCUAG